AUGGGAACGCUCCAACCCGACUAUCUCAGGACUCCAGGGAGAAUUGCUCGGCCAGCAUUCCAUGACAUUCAAGAUGAAAUGAAAAUCCUCAAACAGCAGCCGAAACCACACGUAAAGUUGAAAGGUCUUCGUGGACAGUGGCUGCGUGGGAAAAAACUGAAUUCGAGAAGUGCUGUGAUCAGCACAGUAGACAUGAAGUUGGGUCAAAUAAAGAAAAAUUCCGACUAUUCUGAGCUUCGUUGUGAAAAUAAUGGAGGUUAUGGUCAGUGUACGGCCGUUUAG